AUGUCGUAUCAGCAGGCCAACAACGAUCUUUUGGACGUGGACGACGACUUCAUCAUCGAGGAGGACACUCCCGCCCCCAGCAACAGCCAAAACACCACGUCUGUGGGGAGCGAGCAGCUGGUCACCCGACGAUUCAUGGGCGGAGAUACUUUAGACGAGCCUGUGCUUCGAACUCUUGGCCGAGACGUGCGGGGGGUAGGAAACCGGCUCAAGGAGGUGGUGUGGCCCGGCUCCCUUUCCGGCUUUAUCAACCCCAUCGACAACUCUUCUCAAUUGAUCAAGGAGUGGGACAUGUGGGGUCCUCUUGUGUUCUGUUUGAUUCUGGCUCUCAGCUUGGGCUGGGGCAACAGCGAGGCGUUUUCCGGAGUCUUUGCCAUCACGUGGAUGGGCCAGAUUCUCGUAACUCUCAAUAUCAAGUUGCUUGGAGGAAACAUUUCUUUUUUCCGAGGCUUGUGCAUUGUGGGCUAUUCGCUGUUCCCCGUGGUUCUGGGAUCGGUGGUUGAGAUAUUCAUUCCCUGGAUCUGGCUGUCUGUGCCCGUGAUCGUUCUGAACGUGGCCUGGGCGCUGUGGUCGGCCAACAACUCGCUCAAACACUCGGGUGUUCUCCCUGGACGAACCGUUCUGGCUGCCUACCCCGUUGGACUCUUUUUUGUGUCUCUCGGAUGGCUGUGUAUUCUGAGGUGA